AUGCUCAUGGUACUACAACUCCUCCCCAUCGCCCUACUGUAUCCUAUGCGGCGAGGAUUGCAAUGGACCUUCUUCCUGCUAUGCAUGACCGCCACACAGCGUUGGUCGUCUGGUGCCACAGUCUCAGGUCGGCUCGUCAACCUGGUGGUCAGCAUCAUGAUUGCUCGAGUUUGCAUACGCAUCAUCGCGCCUCUCGUCGGUAUCCUGGCCAAGUGGGUGAUAAUUGGCAGGUACAAAGAGGGCUUGUUCCCCAUGUGGGGAUCAUACCAUACGCGCUGGUGGAUGGUGCAGAAGAUUGUUUCAAUCUGCGGACAAGGCGUAUUCGGCCUGAAUGACACAACCCACAAUGUCUAUCUCCGCGCCAUGGGCGCCCGUGUGGGACGCAACGUUCGUUUCCACGGGUGUCAACUUGGCGAGUGGGAUCUGCUUGACCUGGGCGAUGGCUCGUCGGGCAACAAGUGCAUCUGUCGUCCAUUUGCGGUGGAGGCUAAGACGUCAAUGUAUCUCGGCCGCAUUGAGAUUGGAGCCAAUGCUUCUAUUGGCCUCACGUCCAUCAUAGCCCCAGGCUCGGCCAUCCCAGCCGGCUCGCAUAUCGGGCCCAACUCGUCGAGCUGGGAAGCCGCGAACGAAGGCUCUGAUGGCGACGACGCGAAUGGAUUUGAGUGCAACGACGUCGUCUUCGGGUCUCGUGCUCAUCUGGUGACCUCGGACGCCAUGGGAACUCUGCCCAUCACUGUCGAGGACAACGCCAUGAUUGCGGACCGUGUUGUUUUGCAGCCCGGUGUGAAUAUCGGUUAUCAGACUGUCAUGGGAUCAGGCGCUCUAUCGCGUCGGGGUGAGAGCUACGUCUCUGGUGCGGUUUAUGUUGGCUCGAGGAACGGCCAGGCAAUUCACCUUCGCAAAGGUGGACAAGCGCGGUCCAGGCGAGUCGACCGGGACGUCUCCCAGCACGAGGAGAGCUUGGACAUCUGGGCACAGUCUGGAAACUCAUCGCAGAGUCCCCUUGCCCUACCCGAGGAGCUGAGUGACAACACGCAGCUUCGAGGGAGUUUGGAUCGCGACAAUGAGAGAGGCGACGGCGCAUCCACAAACGACAACUCCGCCAAAUCAGUCAUGUCUCCGUUCAGCCGGGCAUUCUAUCAAAAACAGGCGCCUUACAAAGUGCUCGGAAUCCCGGAAGUCACGAUCAUCUCUUGCACGAUCAUUGUCCUCACGGCUGUGUUUUGGAACGUGCCGAGUGUUGCUGCUAUCCAGAUUACCCAACGCUUCACGAGUGAUGGGGAGCAAGGCGUUCUUCUGUGGGAAGCGCUCAGGAUCUGGGGCAUUAUGACCUUCAGCAUUGCGGUGAUCACAAUCACUCAGGUUCCCUUCGCCUUGGCCUUUCCGCUAAAGCAUUCCGUCAACAUGGCCUCGGCCGCGACGAAUGGCGAUGCCGCCGCGGCUCUCGACGACAUCAAGCCCCCCGCCGGUGUCGUGCUCCCGCCGCGCGAGAUCCGCAACGUCCUCGAGAAGACGGCGGGCUACGUGGCGCGCAACGGAUUUGUCUUCGAGGACAGGAUCCGCGAGAAGGAGCGCGCCAAUCCCAAGUUCAGCUUCCUCAACACGGCCGACGCCUACUACGCCUUUUACCAGUGGCGGCUCGAGGAGAUCAAGGCCGGGCGCGGCACGGCCAUCGCCGCGGGACGCGCCAACGAGGCGGCAGCGGCGGCGGCUGAGAAGCCCAAGGGACCCCCUAAGCCGGCGGACUUUCAGUUCUCGGCGCGCAUGCCGCGGCUCAGCCAGAAGGACCUCGACGUCAUCCGGCUGACGGCGCUGUUCGUGGCCAAGAAUGGGCGGCAGUUCAUGACGCAGCUGGCGCAGCGCGAGGCCGGCAGCCCGCAGUUUCACUUUCUCAUCCCGAACCACACCUUUCACAACUUUUUCCAGCACCAGGUCGACCAGUACACGGCGCUGCUGCGGACGAUGGGCCUCGGCGGCGAGGGCGGCAAGCUGCAGCAGGAGGUCACGGCCGAGCUGCAGGGCAACGUCGACGACAAGUACAGGGUGCUGGCGCGGGCGCGGCAGCGGGCCGAGUACGCGCGCUUCCAGGAGGCCGAGAAGGUCAAGAGGGAGCAGGAGACGGAGAAGAAGCGCGAGGAGUUUGCGCGCAUCGACUGGAACGACUUUGUCGUCGUCGAGACGAUUGUCUUCAACGACGCCGACGAGCAGGCCAACCUGCCGCCGCCGACGAACCUCGCCGACCUGCAGUACGCGUCUCUCGAGGAGAGGAACAAUGCGUCGAUUGGCGGCAAUUUCCGCAUCGAGGAGGCCAUGCCCGACGAGGUCACCGACUACAACGCGACGUCGCUGCCUCUGCACAACAGCUACGCGCCGCAACAACCCCAGCAGCAGCAGCAGCAGCAACACCAGCAACAGCCAUACCAACAGACACAUGGACCGAAUGGACAACCGCCGAGGAAGACGGCCGAAGAGGAGGAGGAAGAUAGGCGGAUCCAGGAGAGGAGCGACGCGCGCGCGAGGGAGCAGCAGGCGCGAGCCGAGGCACGGGGCGGCAACGGGCCCAUGAAGAUCAAGGAGAACUACGUGCCGCGGGCGAUGCAGCGGGCGGCGCAAGCGGUGCCGAUGGCGCUGUGCCCGAACUGCAAGCAGCAGAUUCCGAUGGACGAGCUCGAGGCGCACAUGAGGAUUGAACUGCUCGAUCCUCGAUGGAAGGACCAGAAGGCCAAGGCCGACGCGCGUUAUGCGACGACGAACCUGUCGACGGCUGAUGUGGCCAACAAUCUCAAGAGGCUGGCAAGUCAGCGCAGCGAUGUGUUUGACGGCAUCACGGGCCAGCCUCUGAGCGAAGAGGAGCAGGCUCGACGGAAGAAGGCGGCGGUCCACGGCGUGGAGAACCCCAACAUGGGGCCCAACCACAUGCAAGGGCUCAAUGACGGGGCUCAGGCCCCCGGCGGCGCCGAGUCGCCCAACUCGCCGACCUCGCCCUUCCACCGUCCCAUCCUCCAGGCCAUGCCCGACAACCGUCAGCAGUCCUUUGACGAGAUUUACGGCCCGCCCGAGAACUUCCUCGAGAUCGAGGUCCGCAACCCCCGCACCCACGGCAUGGGCCGCUCCAUGUACACCGACUACGAGAUUCUCUGCCGCACAAACAUCCCCGCCUUCAAGCUGCGCGCCUCGAGCGUCCGCCGCCGCUACUCCGACUUUGAGUACUUUCGCGACAUCCUCGAGCGCGAGUCCGCCCGCGUCACCAUCCCGCCGCUGCCCGGCAAGGUCUUCACGAACCGCUUCAGCGACGACGUCAUCGAGGGCCGCCGCGCCGGCCUCGAAAAGUUUCUCAAGAUUGUCGUCGGCCACCCCCUUCUGCAGACCGGCAGCAAGGUCCUCGCCGCCUUCGUCCAAGGUAUGCCGAUGCCGCUGCUCACCACCUCUACCUCCUCUUCCUCUCUUGCCUCCUGCUCUCUGCCCGAGACGCCGCCGCCGCCGGCCACCGCCCUGCACACCCCCGUCUCCUCCGAGUCGCUGCGCGCCGCCGUCGCCGCCGAGCGCCAGCAGGAGGACCUCGUCUGGAUCGUCGGCAGGACGAGGGGCAGGCGGCGGUCUUCCGUCCUGCAGCAGCAGCAGCAGCCGCCGCAGCCGCCGCAGCCGCAGCACCACCACCACCAACAGCCGCCCGCGGGCAGACACAGGGACGGGGACCAAGAGAGAGGCACUCCACAGCCGCGAGGGGACAGACAGCUGACGUGA